AUGAAGUUCAUUGUAGUUGGUGGGCCCGCUGGUACAGGGAAAACAACAUUAGGAGAAAAAUUAUCUGAAUACCUUGGAUGUCCUUACAUUGAGGGUGAUUCUUUGCACCCAAAGGAAAAUAUUGACAAGAUGUCAAAGGGUAUUGCGUUAACAGACGAAGACAGAUGGGGUUGGUUACAAGUGCUCAGUGAGAUUACUGUGGAAAAGGCCUCUCAGUCCAGUACAAAAACCGCAAUUGUUUCAUGUUCAAUGUUGAAGAAAAUUUAUAGACGAUACAUUGAAAAAUGCGCAACUGCAGCAAACCAAACUGAUGAACCCAUAGAGUUUAGAUUUGUAUUUCUCCAUACAACGUUCGAGGAAUUAAUGAAGAGGGUGGGAGGAAGACAGGGCCAUUACAUGAAAUCAGAUAUGGUUAUGAGUCAGUAUAACAUUAUGGAGGUUCCAAAGGAUGACGAGUUAUUACUGAAUGGCGGAAACUGCCUAGAAUUUGACACCACAGGAAAGGACCCUGAGAAAGUGUUCACCGAAGUGCUGGAAAUUUUCUAA